AUGGCUGCUAACAAAGCCGCCCGUGUGGGCGAAGAGAUCUGGAAGGGUCGUAUCGACAAAGUUAAUGCCGAGCUGGUGACCUUGACCUAUGGUACAAUAGUCGCACAACUAUGCAAGGACUUUGAGAGCGACUACGUCCAGGUCAACAAACACUUGGAUAAGAUGGGCUACAACAUUGGUCUACGGCUUAUCGAGGACUACCUGGCCAAGUCCAACACUAUGCGACGUUGUGCCAACUUCAGAGAGACAGCAGACAUGAUUGCCAAGAUUGGUUUCAAGAUAUUUCUCAACAUCUCACCUACAGUCACGAACUGGACCAGCGACAGCAAGCAAUUUUCCUUGGUCUUCGACGAGAACCCUCUGGCGGAUUUUGUCGAGCUUCCCGACGACGGACGAUCACAGGACGAGCUAUGGUACUCCAACAUAUUCUGCGGUGUGUUGAGAGGAGCGUUAGAGAUGGUGCAGAUGCAGGUCGAGGCACAUUUCAUCAGCGAUGUUUUAAGGGGCAAUGAUACCACAGAGAUGAGGGUUUCUCUGAUCAGAUAUAUCGACGACGAGCUGCCCCCGGAAGAUGACUGA